AUGGCUCCUCUAGAAACCGGCGAGCUCUACAAGGGGAAAGGGAACGCGAAAUUCAUUUGGGACUCGGACAACCUUAGUCAAUUGUACGCAGUUGCGGAACAUUUGACGCGUAGAUUUGGUGACCAGCUGCUGCACGAAGCAAAGAUUGACAAUGUUGGUUCAGACCAGGAGCUGAUAGUUCUUGAUGAGGCCUGUGGUACUGGGGCUGUUGCGGCAGGGCUGAUGGAUACUCUAAGCGAAGAGGCGAAAGGCAAGCUGGAUCUUACCAUGGUGGACCUUGCACCGAGAAUGGUUGAUCUCGUCAACCAGCGCAUCAAAGUGAAUGAGUGGCAGAACGUCAAAGUGGUUCUGGCUGAUGCGGCGGACAGCAAGCUCCCCAGCUCCCACUUCACGCACAUAUUCCUCAACUUCGGGCCUUUCAUUUUCGCGGACCCGCAAGCCGGCUUAGCUGAAAUCUAA